GGCUAUAAACACUCGACGUCUAUAAAAGAGAGUAAAGAGUGGUAAUAAAAGCGCUCCGUGGUGGCGGGACUGCUCAUGUUCAAGUCCCCACGCCUCACGCGAGGCUGCUCUCGGACAGGAGUGGAGUUUCAGAAACUUUGGUGUGAUGUUGGUGCGUGGUUGGGUUUACUGUCUAAAAUCGAGUCAUAAAAUUAAAACUCAAGACAGCAGGUGUCAGAUGAGUAACUGUUUUGUUUCCAGUUGAUCCAGAGAUCAGGCAUUUGCAGAGGAAGAACACCACUGUUCACUAUGGGACUCUUCAGGCUGUUGAAGAUGCAGUUCAUUUGUCAUCUUAUCAUCUGUUACGUGUUUCUAGUCAGUGGGCUUAUAAUCAACUUCUUGCAGCUCUUCACACUGCCGUUGUGGGGCAUUAACAAACAACUAGCUCGCAAGAUCAACUGUAGACUGGCAUACUGUAUCUCCAGCCAGAUGGUGGCACUACUGGAAUGGUGGUCUGGGACAGAAUGCACACUGUACACUGAUCCUGAAUCCUACCCGUUGUAUGGCAAAGAAAAUGCAAUCGUCAUCCUCAACCAUAACUUUGAGAUUGAUUUUCUGUGUGGUUGGACCUUCUGCGAAAGGUUUGGUGUGUUAGGGAGCUCCAAGGUGCUGGCAAAGAAAGAACUUGCAUAUGUACCAGUAAUUGGUUGGAUGUGGUACUUUCUGGAGAUUGUCUUCUGUAAGAGGAAAUGGGAGGAAGAUCAGAAAACAGUGGUGCAGAGCCUUCAACGUCUUAAGGAUUAUCCAGAGAACUUCUGGUUCCUUCUAUACUGUGAGGGCACUCGCUUCACACAGAAGAAACACAAGAUUAGUAUGGAAGUGGCAGAGAAAAAAGGACUUCCCAAACUCAAGUACCAUCUCUUGCCUCGCACCAAGGGUUUCUGUGUUACUGUUCAGCACCUAAGGGGAACAGUUACUGCUGUGUACGAUUCUACGCUUAAUUUCAGAAACAACCAAAUACCAACGUUACUAGGUGUCCUAAAUGGGAAAAAGUACCAUGCUGAUUUAUACGUGAGACGGAUUCCACUGGACUCAAUCCCAGAGAACGAGUCUGAAUGUGCCAUGUGGCUCCACAAACUUUACCAGGAAAAGGAUGAGUUGCAGGAAAAAUACAACCUGACUGGUCAGUUCCCUGGCCCCACACUGAGCCCCCGCCGCCGCCCCUGGACCUUGCUCAACUGGCUGUUUUGGAUCUGGCUUCUACUCCUUCCCCUCUGUCUAUUACUGCUGCAGUUGUUCCACUCAGGCUCGGCGUUCACCAUUUUCACCACAGUUGUCCUGUGCUUUGCAGCCUCGCUUGGAGUUCGCUGGAUGAUAGGCCAGACCGAGAUUAACAAGGGCUCAAGCUAUGGAAACAAGGAGGGUCAGCUUAACAACAACACCUAAGGAGGACUGAUAACAUCAGCAGCAUGUGCCCCAGAGCUGUUUUCAACAAACCACGAGGGUAUCAGCCAAGUGUACGAAGACAAUGACAGCUGUUUGUUUUAAGAGUGUGACUAUGCAAAAUGGAGAAUAGAAACCCAGAAAUUAACAUAUGCUGCAAAGCGGUUGUGAAAUUGUGACUCAUUUUUGUCCUGAAAUAAUUUUUUUUUUUAACAAAACGAUGCAGUAGGCUGUUAAUUGAUUGCCCUUUAUAUUGCAAACAUUAAGAAUAACAGGACCAGAGAUAUUGAUGCAUGGGGUUUAGUAGGUAUUGGCUACUAUGAUUUAGGCAUAUGGUUAUCAUAGGACUUUCCUUGAGUCAUUCUGUUGGUACAUGAAGUUGAAAACACCAGGUUAAAAGUGAAACAUUUUUCUUUCCAGAUAUUAUAGUAAGGCUGAUGUGUUAAACAUUUUCUCUCCAGCCGAGUACACUCCUGUACCCAAGUAUUAAAGGCAUAGCACUGGCCCUUGGGAAAGGUCAACCGAUACAGCACAACUUAAAGAUUGAAGUAAAAUUUAACAAUUGUCCUUGGAGAAUUAAACACAUACAAUAUUUAAAAACAUUCCCUUGACUAAGCUUCUCUUUUGCACAAGGGACCAAAAAAAAUCCCUAAGCAGCAAUUUCCUCCAGCUCUCUCCCACUCUAAUAUUCGCAUGUAUUAUUUGUGCUUCGAGUGGGAACGUGAAAAGUGCCUCUUUUCCCCCAGAAUGUAUUCCUUGUUGCAUACUAAUCAAUUUGUCUCCAUUGAGACACAAGUGGCUUUACAAUAUGCUUUAUACAAAAAAAUAAAACUUAACCUUAUUCUUACAUUAUGUACAAUGUGCCACAGCGACCUACUACCAUUCGACUUAAUGCAACCAACUGGCCCUUUAAACCUGUAAGAUUUGCUCUCACACACUGCAAAGAGCGUACCACCACCAAUCACUGAGCUAGCAAGAGACUUGGAUCUUUUCUUUGUUACUUGUUCCUUGUACCACAGUUCCUUAAGAAUACCAUACAUAGUAGUGCAAGCAUUUGUAAACAAAGAGCGCAGGGCCACAGCUGCAUCAUUCUUCAUCUGUGCAGACCUGGAAUUAAAAAGGAAAACAAAGACAGGUCAAAUGUCUGCUUAAAUACAUAGAUGUUAAGAUUCAAAAUAAAUGUUAUUUUUCAGCCAGGAAUGCCUUGUGAUGCAUUUCUACUGGACAGUGUGGCACACUAUAAUGGAUACUAAUCCAAACUAUAUGCUGAUUGAAUACCUAAGCAUGAGGUGGUGAAGUCCAGAAAAAAAAAAACCUCAAAUCACAGGAAAUUUGCAGGCAACCCAAACAACUACCUCAGGCAAUAUUGAAUAUAAAUAUUGCCUGACAUGUAAUGAAUAGACAGGACAUAGAAAGACACUUGAAAUUUGGCCUAAAGUGUAAGAGCUAAAUAUUCGUAACAAGAAAGCUCAAUUAUAUAAUAAAAUUGUAGUAUUGCUUUCUAAUUUCCCAGAAAAAGGACUUGAGUUGAAAAGGAAAUUUUUUCAGAUAAUUACCACCACUACUGACCAAUAGAAAAGCAUUUCUAGCCUCACAUACAUGCUUUGGCUCAGCAUGCAUAAUAUCUGGGCCAAAAAAAAAGGGGGGGGGGGAGGAAAUUACUUGGAUAUGGUAUGGCUCUUUAGGAAGUAAACACAAAAGUACUGUGUGCUAAAGCCGUAUUAGAUGCAUAUGUACAGCUGAUUGCAGCAGUUUGCAAACUUGUUUUGAAUAAAAAGGCCUUGUUUUUGUGGAGAGAGUGUUACUGUGCACGCCUUCCUCCACAGCUUUUGCCAAUGACAUUACAGGUAACUCGUUAAGUGGUUGGCAAAUAUGUAAUUUUAAUACCAGCUAUAAUUUUUUUUUUUAAAACAGACAGCACUUUUAAAUAUUUAGCCAAAGCAGAUUUUAUAAAUUGCUGAAAUAAAAUUUAUUUCUAACACA